ACAAUCUCCGUUCAGUCGCACACACCAGCACCCUGACACACACUGUUGAACCCACUUUCUUCUUCCUUCCUUCGUCCGUUCGCCGGCCACCGCCGUCACGCCGUUCGUCUUCAAAUAAUCCUGGCUCCGCCUCUGUCUCCGGGUGCUGUUGAUUUCAUUCAGCGAUGGGCGAUACUACCAGAGUGGAGGAGUUGCCGUUACCGGCGCUGUUUGAGCAAGCCCGGGAGAUCCACGCCACCGCCACGGAAUCCGGUGCCGAUCAGGAGCUUGUGAAGAAGGGUUACGAGACGUUACAGAAAUGUGAGGACAUGGUUAAUAAGCUCGGUUUGUUCUCUGCUAAUGAAACCAAAGAGGAUAUCAGCACCGGCAACCUUAAGUACAUUCUGGUGCCGUUUUAUCUUGCUGAGUUGACUGAACAAAUAGCACAGGAUGACAGGAUACAGAUUGUAAAGGCUUCGCAGGCAAAACUAAAGGAAUUUAUCUCAUUUUGUGAAGCUAUGGAGCUUGUCCCAAAAGAGGAGUUGGAAUCUUAUACGCAAGGGGCACCAAAAUCUGUUGCUGAUCAGAGGGCCCGAAAGAUUGCUAGAUUUAAACGUAAAAAAGCUGCUGAAUCUAAGCUGUUGGAAAUAAAAGAGCGAAAGGAACGGCGUGGGCGUUCUACUAAAGCAGCUGCCUUGUCCACCCCUGUUGAGGCAGGAGAGGAAGAAGAAUUGGAUGAUGAUGGAGAAGAAGAAAGAGAGGCUUGGAAUACUACCAUAUCUUUGGCGAUAUGUAAGGCAUUGGAUCUGCUGGAAAUGUUAAAGAAAGAGGAAGAGAUGCUUCUUGCGGUAAAGGAUAGACAAUCCAAGGAGGGGGAUAAGGAGUUCUCGAAGGAAGUUCUUGACGAACGUGCCAUGAAAGCAGAGGCAUGGCAUCGUGAUUCUGCGGUUCGUGCACAGUACACUAAGCCAUCACAACCAAUCACUUGUGCCACUUUUGCUCAAGAUGUCCUAGAAGGAAGAGCAAAAGCUUCACAGGCCCAUGAUCACAAACACCAACCACUAAUAUUUGGACCAGCCAGCCUUAUCAAUGGACGUUUCGUAACGGAGAGAGAAAGAGUGGCUGCUCAGGUCUUCCAACCCAGUCAUAGGAUGCCAACUAUGAGCAUUGAGGAAGCCGGGCUUAAAGAAAUGGAAAUAAUGAAUAAAUGGCAAGAGAACAAUGUCAGACUCAUGGAAGAAGCCAAUUCAUCUUGGUACAAGGAGAAGAAGUCAAAGCCAGGGGAAGACGAUGAUGAGGAUGAGGAUGAUGAUGAUGCACAGGAGAGAGCAAGAGCUUUGGAUGAUUGGAAGGAUGAGAAUCCGCGGGGUGCAGGAAACUCGAAACUUACUCCUUGUGGGUAAUUGAGUCUAUUCUUCUGUGGCUUAAGAAUAUAGGGUUGGGAUAAAUCUCUUAUUGUAGCAAAAUCUCUUUAUUUUUGGUUGAUUUGCUUCUUGUCUGUAUUAGAUUAUUAUAUGUCUACAAGGAUCUUCAUCCCAUCAUGUGUAUAUUUUUGGAGUGCACCCAGGUGCUACUGCUACCUCACUUCGCCCCUUUUCAUUUCUGUUUCCCAUCUCUAUCACAGAAUUUUGUGUAAGAAGUUUGUUUUGCUACUAGUAGCAAACCUGUGUGUCUAUUUUUCAUUGAUAUAACACCAGUUUUAUUUACUGUA